CGAUGCUGCACCCCUCCCGAAGAUUGACAGCUAGUACCGCUUUCUCGUGGUGUGAGCGUGGAGAGUCGUGUUCGUAGUGAAAUAAGAGAAUUACCUCGCCUUUGUCGGAUUUAUUGUCGUACUUUUUAGGUUGUCUAUCGGGGGGACACCAUUUGGAAGUUGUCUCUAAGGGCAUGAAAGUAGAGAGAAGGCUUCAAAGAAAGUAACAAAGGAGGUAUAUCUAUAUUACAUGGCUGCUGGGGAUGGUGCCCAGCUGCCGGCGACAAUAGCGGCCAGCCGGAGCGUGGAGAAGGCGCUCGAGGAGGCUGCUGCGAGCGGGGCUCUGAACUUGUCGAACCGUAAAUUGAAGGAAUUUCCCAGAACUGCCAGGAACCAUGAUUUAUCAGAUAUUACUUAUGCAGACCUUUCCAAGAACCGACUGUGCGAGCUGCCGGAGGAGCUGUGCCAGUUCAUCUCCUUGGAGACGCUCAGCCUGUACCACAACUGUGCCCGCUCUCUCACCCCCAGCCUGGGUCACCUACAAGCCCUGACCUACCUCAACCUCAGUCGUAACCUGCUCUCCAGCCUGCCUCUGUCGGUGUGUGAGCUGCCCCUUCUGAGGGUGCUCAUCGUCAGCAACAACAAGCUGUCCUCCCUGCCGGCCUCCAUACACACCCUUACACACCUCCGGCAGCUGGAUGUGAGCUGUAACGAGCUGCAGUCUCUGCCGGUGGAGCUGGGACAGCUGGAGUGUCUGAGAGACCUCAACCUGAGGAGGAACCAGCUGACCAAGCUGCCCCAAGAGCUGUCGGAGCUGCCGCUGGUGCGCCUCGAUGUGUCGUGCAACCGCGUGUCCCACGUGCCCGUGUGCUACCGCCACCUGCGCCACCUGCAGAGCAUCACCCUGGACAACAACCCCCUGCAGCAGCCGCCCGCGCAGAUCUGCUCCAAGGGCAAGUACCACAUCUUCAAGUACCUCAACAUGGAGGCCUGCAGGAGGAGCCAGGAGGACAUGGAGCGGGCCCUGCGGCCCACCCACUUCAAAAGCUGUCUGUCAGAGCAGGAGCUGUUUACAGGCCCGUAUGGAGGUCUGGACUCUGGCUUCAACAGCGUGGACAGCGGAAGCAAGAGAUGGUCAGGGAACGAGUCUGCAGAUGACUUCUCGGAGCGAUCCGUCCGCUUGGCCGAGCUCACCAGAGACCACCGCAACCUGGAGGAGGAGGUGGAGGAGGACUGCUCUCUGGAGAACCAUGCAGUCAACGGCGAGGCGGAGCAGGUGGACUUCAUCGACAGCAGUGUGACGGAGGAGGAGGGCGGGAUGGCGCCGCCCACCCCACCGCUCACAGCGCCCCCGCAGGAAAGGAACGAAAAAGGUUCGCCUUCCACAACCGACUCCUCGAUAUGCAGGACUGGUGUGGAGAUGGGGGCGGAGUCCCUGUCGUGGUCCAGCUCCUCCCCGUCCCCCUCCAGCCCCACCCUGGGAGAGGAGAGGAGGAAGCCAGGCACCCUGCUCAUCUGGCAGGAGAGAGAACGAGCCCAGCAGCAGCAGAGAGAGAGGGCCAAGGACAGCAGUCUGAAGACGGCAGGCAAAACAGGAAGUCAUGUGGCGACGCCGUCGCAGACAGGAAGUUGCACAGGUGGUGGAUCGCCAGAGAACCACCACUCCCACAACGGCCUACGACAACGAUGUGCGAGUGCAGACCAGGUGCCCUCAUUGGCUCAUGGGCCCUCGAUCCAGCGUUCCGUUAGCAGACCAGACGUUCCGUCCACACCCAAGGCAUCGUCUCCGCCAGGCCACGCCCACAAACCCAACAGCUUCCUGUUCCGGGCUUCCUCCCGCUGCAGUGUCAAGACGUCUGGGUCUGUUCACAGUCUGGUGGAGGCUGGGCGGAGUGAGUCUCGCUCCACGCUGCGGUCCCCCAGAGAAGAGAGACCGGAUAUCGUCCAGCUGCGCAAGACUCUGGAGUCAAGGUUGAAGACCACCCUACCUGAAGACCUAGGGGAAGCGUUGUCCAAUGGCACGAUCCUGUGCCAGCUGGUCAAUCAAGUGCGGCCGCGCGCCGUCUCCAUCAUCCACAUCCCAUCUCCGGCAGUGCCCAAGCUGAGCACCGCCAAGUGUCGCCUCAACAUUGAGAACUUCCUUGCUGCCUGUCGGAAACUGGGGGUCCCGGAGAUGGAGGUGUGUGUGUGCUCUGACGUGUUGUUCUGUAAGCUGCCCGCCGUGCUGCGCUGCGUGGCCGCCCUGCUGGCCGUGCAGGGGGAGGCGGGGGGGGCGGAGGGCCCCGGCAGAGCCCCCCUGGACCCCCGCGGCCGCUCCUCCUCGCUGUUCUCCACGGGCUUCCUGCUGUUCUACGGCCUGACCAUGGCCCUGCUCUACACACUCUACUACCACCUCACUGCAUAGACGGCGGGGUGUGUGUGUGUGUGUGUGUUUGCACACUGUCUGACGUUAGCACACUGACUGACCCCUGAUGUGAAUCGGACCCCUGAAUCUGAGGUUUAGGACCCCCCCCACCACAAACACACACACUAACAAGCCUCAGAUACAUUCACAUUGCACACACACUUGCAGCUGCUCUUGUAGCAUGUGGCAUGCAGAGAGUUAGACACACACACACACACACAGACACGCAGAAUUCAGUCCCUUCAGCCCUUAAGUCUACAGCUGCUCUCGGAACCGUGUGUGUGAGUACAGUACACACAACACAACACACUCUGCCCACACACUCCACAUCACAGCACAGUGUGUGCUGAUGCAACACAGCUGCUCUCUAAGGCCACAACACGGAGCAGGAGGGUCUUAAACAGAAACCACUUUUAAGUCGACGUGCCCUUUCAAGUAAUCUACUCUCUUGGCACAGUCAAGGCACAUAAAUAUAAAUUAAGAGCCUCUCUUCUCUCCUUAUAUGGCAGUAAAUGUAAAGGAAUAGCGUAUAUGUAGGUAAACGCCUCGAUUGAUAGGCCUGCAUGGAGUCAUAACCAUAAGGAAGUUGGAGUGGACUUUCCCCCCACGUCUGCCUUAGGCCAGCCUAGCCUUCAACACUGACGCCCAGCAUGCCUUCAUGCUCAACUCAUCUGCAGAGGGAAGCGAAGCAGAAAAGAACUGUGAAUGUGAUUUAAAGUCGUCGUUGUCCCCCCCCCCCCCCCCGAGAUACUGUAGUACGAACACGCACGUAGUUACCACAGUAAGGAACACGCAUGUGUGAAAAGACCGAUUUUUGACCCAGAGUAGCUAAAGGAGCUGAAAGCAUUUGGAAUGGUUCUCGUGCCGACCACAUGUAGGCAGGUGAGAAACCAGUGCCUGUCGUUAUCGACUGACAAACCACCACUAAAGACUUGUUCAUUUGUCUGUCUGCAAUGUUGACUGUGACCAGUGGGGGGUGGUGUUGCACCACAGUCACCCCCCUGUAUGUUGACGGUACAGGAUCUUCAUGAAGCUUACGUGUGUAUAGAUUUGUGGCGAGCUUCUUUUUGCUGUUGCUUUUUCUUUCGUCGGUCCCUCCGGAGACCAGCGGCUUAAUGUGCUUUGUGUUUGUAUAAAUGUAAACAGCGAAUUAAGUUAUUUGGGUUAUUUUUAUUUAUUUUGAUCAAGUUUUUGUUUUAGUUUUCCGCUACAGUGCUUGGUGAAAGAGAAGUCGUCUUGCAGAGUCCUUAAGCUAAUACAAGUGAACAGGGUUAGUUUGCCUUUUAAUGAACUGAACGGCUAAUAACUUGAAACAAGGAGGCAACUCGUAUGGCACACACAGCUUUUACAUUUCCAAUCAAUAAGCAAUUGACUGGUAGUGUGUGAAAUAGUAAACGCCCGAUUGUCUUAUUGAUUUGAACGUUUCCCAGAAGCCACUUGGGAUAGCACACCUGGGGGAAGCAUGCCCUUGGGAAAUUGAGUUCUAGUGCAUAAUGAGGUCUCAGCUCGUUUGCCAGCACAGGCCGUGUCGUUGCUUCUGCUCUGGGGGGAGAGGGAAGGCAUUCGACACAGAGCAGGGUGAACCUUUGUCUUACACACUUCAUUUAUUUGUAUUAAAAUUGGAUUAUAUUUUUGUAAAAAACGUACUGGAUGUCAUUGGCGGUUUGCGCCGAUUUCUUCCCCCGUGUCCACACCUUAUAUUUGAGGUGCGGCUAAACACAGAUUCUACCACUAGUGGUCAUGACCCUCAUAAUAGUUACACAUGUUGACACUAGGGCUCUUUUACCUUACAUAGAGGCAGGAAAGAGCGGCCAUCUUGUUGAGGUCAAUGUCUUCUCACACCUAUACUGUAUUUAAAGAGUCACAGCCCUUGUCUAUCUUGUCUGUUACACCAAUUCAACACAUUAACACUUGGCAAUGAAUUUGCAAUAAUGUUUCAACCAAAAUGUACGUUUCAUAGAAAAACUAAUGUUUAAGAAAGAUCCACAUUUCCGCUUUAGAAUGGAGUUCUCUUCUUAAGGAUGUAAACCGAAUGGAAAGACUUGUAUUUUGUAAUAUUUAUACGAUGCCUAUGUAUUUAAUAAGACAACAAAUUAGUUUAUAUAAGACAAAUCUAUAUGUAAAGGUUUUUCCCCCCGUUGUAAAGAAAUUAUUAAAAAAAAGCAACAUUGAACAUG